AUGAAUUAAAUAUAAUUCAAUUAAAAUGAGCAAACUGAACAACUUUAUUUAAAAAUUUAAAUUGAUAAUGUCUAAUUUUUUGAGCCGCAACAAUAUCUCAUCACUAUUUUCUUGAAGAGCUAUGGGAUGAAAUUAAAAACAAAUGUUAGUGAUUGCAUUUCUCAGCCAACUUUUAUUCCAAAUACCUUUUACAUUCCUUUGAGAGGAAACUCUGUUUAAGUUGAUGAUUUACUAACACUUGAGGUGUAUAUUGUAGAUGAAAAUGUUCAUACUCUUUUAGGGAGAGGAGUUAUUUAACCCAUUUAAUAUUUGUAUUCUAUUAAAGGCUCAAAUAAAUACUUGCUUAUAACCACUAUUCAAAAGCGAAAGGAAAUAAUCGUAGGAUAACUAUUACUGACAUUACAUUAUUCUACAGAUACAGAAGGAAAUUCUUUAAGCUAGGAGCAAAGCGAAUAAAACUAUUUGAAUCAAUUACUCGCAAGAAGUUUUCUAGAAGGAGUCGAGAACCCUCUUUAUGAAAAGUAGUAUCUUAAAAAAAUUAUAUCUGAAAAAAACAUAGAUUUGCUUGAUCCUACUAACUAUAAAGAAAAGUGGAAAAUAUACUCCUAAACUCUGAAAGAGAGGUAGUUAACUAUAAAUCAAUAUAAAUAAAUUUCAGAAUAGCACGAAAGAAUUCUUAGAGCAUAAUAAGUAAUUAAAACUGACUAUAUCAAAGGAAAUAGGCUUCUAAGAUAGCUUUACAGUUUUAAUAAAAAUAGACUUUGGGGUGAGGAACAUGUUGAUUUUUCAAUUUAUAUUGACCAAAAAAUUCGAUUGAUGAAUGAAAAAGAAAUCUUUGCCUAAAUGAGCUUAGUCUUAAACAAAGUUGUUUAUUGGCAGAAGCUAAAUGCAAAUAUUGAGAGUUUUUUAUUGAAUUCAAAGGCUCUGAUUGAGAACUUGGGUUAGUUGCUACUAAUGAAAGAAAAUAGCAAAGAAGGAUACAAAGAUAGUGUUUAUGUAAGAAAAAUUAUUGAAAAUGAAGUUUCAAAACAAGACUACUACAAACAAAAGAUAGUAAGACAAUAUAAUUUUAUAGAUAAACUUAGCAAAACUAUGGAAAAUGUUCUGUUACAAUACUAAAAUAAUGAUCACCUAGAGAGAGAAUAUAUCGAUAUGAGAGGAGAUGUUCUCACUAUUUAAUCUAAUAUUAGAAAAAAACUAUAUGGUGAAUAGCCUGAGUAAAUUGAAGAACUAUAAUAUUUAUAGGAUUUAUGUAGAAAGCUAGAUAGAAUAUGCAAAUAACAAUAGAAUUAGAUUAUUUUUAUGAGCAGAGAGUAAACUAAAAAUAAUUUUGCAUCUGAAUACCAAAAACUUCUAAUAGAUUUGAGAGGAGUGUAGUCAAAGAUAAAUGCAUUAGAAGAUUAGAUUAAGCUUAAUGGAGAAAAAUUCUCUCAAAAUAUUGCUAAACUUAAAGUUGAAAUAGAAGUAAAAAAGAAUGCCAUAUCUACUGCAUCAAUAUCGAACAUAUCUUACAAAUUACCAUCUGAUGUCAAUUAAUAGUUUUGA